AUGGUCACCCUCUCCAUCGCCACCGCGAGGGGCGCACCGUGUCCCUCCCGCUACUUCCCCCACUCCGGCUACCUUGGCCUCACCCCCGUCAGAGUCGAAGGCAUCGUGCGCACAAAGCUAGACGAGGACCGGAGACCACUCCUCGCCAAGGCCAUCUCCAUCUCGGUCCGCUGCUAUGAGGCCCGCGUCAGUCGCUCGCGCGGGACCGUCCACACAACCCUCCUUGUCGACCACACCGAGGUUCUCUGGACGAAACAGCCCAACGCAGAAUGGGACGAGGUCGGCGACCUUGAGCUUCCAUUCAGGAUCACGCUUCCCAAGAGCACGGCCGGGCUGAGCACCGCCAACUUCCAGGUCUACCGCACGUUCUGGCGCGUCGAGGCAAUGAUUGACCAUAUCCCCAUCACCGGUGUUGGUCACCGGCUGCUCCGCUACUUUGACCUGGCUCUCAUCCGGUACGACGUCCCUUCGUAUUCCCUCUCCACGCCGUACGCGUCUUCCGCAUCCCCGUACCUCCACACCAGUAAGCCACGAGCGCCCGUCGUGCGCUACAACGUCUCGACGCCUGACCAUCCGAUCGGGCCGAACGACAUCAUCUUCGCCGCGGUUACCGUCCAACCGCUCGAUCUCGGAGUUUCCGUCCGUAGCGCGGUCCUCACGGUAGAACGUCGGAUUGACCUUCUAAGCACAUUCACCGCUUCUUCGUCGCCCCCAGCAACGCCUGCAGUGGGUCCUUACCACGCUGAUGACCUUCCCACACCGAGCUCCAGUACCUCCAAUUUGUCUCCUGCUCCACAUGACCACGAACCGCACGACGGCCUGGCGUCGUCCAGCCAGAUUACGCUCGAAUCCCUGUCCUCUGGUCGCCCCCUUCUUUCACCGUCGUCCCCUUCCCCGCACACACCAUCCACUGCCGGUUUCAGUCCUCACCCCGACACGUCUGCUAGGACAAUCACGUCCAAUGUCAUCACAACCGAGUACACUGACUUCGCACGCGACCGCCUCGGUACGUUCUGCAAGACCACGACACUGCAGUGGCCCGCGUCGCGUCCUCACAGCAGAUGGGCGAUUGGCGAGACGAUGUACACUUCACGCGCGUCGGUGCGUUUCUUUGUUCGCGCCUCGCUACGCGUCGUCGGCCCCGGAGGCUCUGACGUGCUGGAGCUCGAACCGCGCGAGAUUGCGAUCGCAGCGACCAGUGAGGCCGAGCGACGGCUGGCGCUUGCCAAGUACGCUGAGCAGCGCGAGGCAGCUGGUGGGGGUAGGAGCAAGAGCAAGAGCCCCUGGCGCUCCAGGCGCGAGCCCGACGAGGAACGUGUUCAAGCAGAGCUGGCCGUGCAGGGACAGGCGAAGACGUACCCCGGAGCGGUGUCGGACGUCCGCGAUCACGAGAGGCAUCGGCAUUUUCAGAGGGAGAAGGGCGCGUCCAGAGGGACGAAACGGCCGCAUACAUCCGCUGGCCCGCGGGACAAGUCGAGCUUCGCGAUGUACAGCACGAGGGAAGAGCCUAGUGUGGGCGACUCGACGUCGAGCGGAGAGUCGCGCGACCAUCGCCAGGUGCGCUCGCAUGGGCACGAGCGCAAGGGCUCACGAGGCCACACCGCCGUCAAGCAGGAGUCGGGCCUCGGGGAGAGCGCGCUGUUCUUCGGGAGGGAGAAGGAGAGGGAGCGUGUGGUGAAGACAAGGGAGCAAAACACGCCGCCGCAGCCUCCUCAUGUCCGCGCCUGGGAAGAGGAGCUCGCGCGGAUCGAGGCGAAGUCGCGCAGGAAUAGCUCCUUGCUGAACUUCUGGGGCUUCGGGAGGAAGAAGGAGAUCGUGCAGCGCGGCUAG